AAGUACCCGAGCGCGUGAAACUGGGCCUUUUUCGGGCAGCCUCAACUGACAUCAGAAGCUCCCCACGUCGACGUACCCCUCCAAAACAGAUUUUAAUUCCUGCACCUUUGGCGAGCCCAUUGACAACAGACACACACAAGUCGCGAAUAGAAACCACUCCUCACCAAAUCAAACACCACAGACACCGCAAUCAUGGCACGCCAAUUCUUCGUCGGAGGCAACUUCAAGAUGAACGGAACCAUUUCCAAGAUCAAGGAAAUCGUCUCUCACCUGAACGAAGCCAAAGUCGACCCUAACACCGAAGUCGUCAUCUCCCCACCAUCGCUCUACCUCCUCCUAACCCGCGAGCACCUCCGCAAAGGCAUUGAAGUCGCAGCCCAAAACGUCUUCGAUAAGCCAAACGGCGCUUUCACUGGUGAGAUCUCUGUCGAGCAGCUCAAGGACUCCAACAUCACAUGGACAAUCCUCGGCCACUCGGAACGUCGCACUAUCAUCCAAGAGACCAACGAGUUCAUCGCCAGCAAGACCAAGUCUGCUCUCGAUGGUGGUUUGGGAGUCAUCCUGUGCUGCGGUGAGACCCUUGAGCAGCGUGAGGCAAACAAGACGAUGGACGUUGUGCUUGCUCAACUGAAGGCUGUGAGCGAGCAGGUCAAGGAUUGGAGCAAGGUUGUUGUGGCAUACGAACCUGUGUGGGCUAUUGGUACCGGCAAGGUCGCUACGAAUGAGCAGGCGCAAGAGGUGCACAAGGGAAUCAGAGAGUGGAUCGCAAAGGAGCUGGGUAACGAGGCUGCAGAGAAGACGAGGAUUAUCUACGGUGGUAGUGUGAGUGAGAAGAACUGCAAGGAUUUGGCUAAGGAGGCGGAUAUUGAUGGGUUCUUGGUUGGUGGUGCUAGCUUGAAGCCUGCGUUUGUGGACAUCAUCAACGCGAAGCAGUAGAUGCGGAGCAGGCCCAUGAGUGCUAUAUGCUUGCUGCGAGUGAGAUGCUUCGGGUUCACGACAUCAUGAGAAAUGGCAGACUCGUAGAGUUACUCAGGAACUGUGUAAAAGGAAAAGCAAAACAGUGGUCAACAUCUGUGAGUAGGUAUGACUUUCAAAGUGUUUCGAGGUCUUAUUGAGCUAUCCACUCAACGCAUGAUUUAUAGCCUUUGAUGCUUCAGAGACCUCUAUUACUUGAUAAUGCUUCGAUCUUUUGAAUCAAGCGUCCUCGACC